AUGUUCAGUUGGUGUGGAUGUUCAGUUGUCUGUGAAUGUUCAGUUGUGUGUGAAUGUUCAGUUGUGUGUGAAUGUUCAGUUGUGUGUGAAUGUUCAGUUGUGUGUGAAUGUUCAGUUGUGUGUGGAUGUUCAGUUGUUUGUGAAUGUUCAGUUGUCUGUGAAUGUUCAGUUGUGUGUGGAUGUUCAGUGAUGUGUGAAUGUUCUGCUGUGUGUGAAUAUUCAGUGAUGUGUAAAUGUUCAGUUGUGUGUGGAUGUUCAGUUGUUUGUGAAUGUUCAGUUGUCUGUGAAUGUUCAGUUGUGUGUGGAUGUUCAGUGAUGUGUGAAUGUUCUGCUGUGUGUGAAUAUUCAGUGAUGUGUAAAUGUUCAGUUGUGUGUGGAUGUUCAGUUGUGUGUGGAUGUUCACUUGUGUGUGAAUGUUCAGUUGUGUGUGAAUGUUCAGUUGUCUGUGAAUGUUCAUUUGUGUGUGAAUGUUCAGUUGUGUGUGAAUGUUCAGUUGUGUGUGAAUGUUCAGUUGUGUGUGAAUGUUCAGUUGUGUGUGAAUGUUCAGUUGUGUGUGGAUGUUCAGUUGUGUGUAAAUGUUCAGUUGUUUGUGAAUGUUCAGUUAUGUGUGGAUGUUCAGUUGUUUGUGAAUGUUCAGUUGUCUGUGAAUGUUCAGUUGUGUGUGGAUGUUCAGUUGUGUGUGGAUGUUCAGUUGUGUGUGAAUGUUCAGUUGUGUGUGGAUGUUCAGUUGUGUGUGGAUGUUCAGUUGUUUGUAAAUGUUUAGUUGUGUGUGGAUGUUCAGUUGUGUGUGGAUGUUCAGUUGUGUGUGAAUGUUCAGUUGUGUGUAAAUGUUCAGUUGUGUGUGAAUAUUUGCUCAUAGAUCUGUGGCUGAACAGCUGCGAAGAGGUGAAGCUGUAG